UACCCCUCACAUUCAGUGCACCACCCAAACCCCACAACCGAAACCUCGCCUCAUCAUAGCUCCCUUCCUCGUCCAAACCCCGAACGGGCCCUCGCCCGAACCCCACCCUCCACUAGGGGCCACCACGUUACCUCCACCUCCCUCCUUCCACAGACUCAUCCUCCCCAAUCCAUCAAAUACUUCGCUUUUUCAAACGUCCCAUCCAAUUCUCCCAUCCCCUCUCCCCAUCCCCUCCUCCUUCCAUCGACUCUCUCUUCACGCACAACAAAACCCCCGCCACCUGAAUCCAAAUGGACUCCAAAACACCACCAGCCCGCCAAUCCAACCAAAAAUAAAACCCGGCCCAUGGAUCCAGCUCCCGACGGGAAGCCCCCUUCUUCCUCUAAACCCACAGAAACAACUGCCGCGUCAUCCUCCUCCUCCCAACCAAGCCGCUACGAAUCCCAGAAACGCCGGGACUGGAACACCUUCCUGCAGUACUUAAAAAACCACAAUCCGCCCCUCACUCUUCCCCGCUGCAGCGGCGCCCACGUCAUCGAGUUCCUCAAAUACCUCGACCAAUUCGGUAAAACCAAAGUUCAUUCCCAAGCCUGCGCCUAUUACGGGCAGCCAAACCCGCCCGUGCCCUGCGCCUGCCCUCUUUGCCAGGCUUGGGGAUCCCUCGACGCUCUCAUCGGCCGCCUCCGCGCCGCUUAUGAGGAAAACGGAGGACGCCCCGAGUCCAACCCGUUCGCCGCACGUGCCGUCCGAAUCUACCUCCGCGACGUGCGGGAGUCCCAGGCAAAGGCCCGCGGCAUACCCUAUGAAAAAAAGAAGCGCAAGCGUCUGCCUUCUGCUGCACCGAGUAGUCAACAGACCGGCGAGGGAUCCGCCUCUGGACUUUUCAAAUGAAUUUUUGAGCUUCAAAUGAUCACCCACAAAAUCAUUCUGAGAAAUAUGCCCUUUGUAAUAUUACAAACUUGAGAGAUUUCAAGCACUAGCCGUCUAGGUAUUGGUCCCCCUCCAGGAGGAGUUUAUUCCGC